ACUUCUUCAUUCCCCAUCACAAAGAAUUACAAUCAAAACCACCCAUUUCCCAUCAAAGCAGCCUAGUCUCGAUUCCAUUCCCCUUAUUUAUUUAAUUUCCUUCCUCACCAAAACCAUCACCAUCACCAUCACCAUCACCAUCACCAUGCCUGGGAGGAUAGUGACGAGGAUGGUGGCCCUCUUAGGCCUCCUCCUCCUCAUGCUCAUGGCCGCCACCACCACCAAAACCCAUGCCUUAAUUCCAUACCCAACAAGACCAUCAUCACUAAGUCUAUGGGACAUGACCGAUGACCCCUUCAGAAUUCUCGAACAAACCCCCUUCACCAUCCCCAGAGACGUCUCCGCCGCCGCCCUCCAAGACACGCUCGCUUUGGCACGUGCCGACUGGAAGGAGACGGCUACUGCGCACGUGAUCACAUUGGACAUUCCGGGGAUGAAGAAGGAGGACGUAAAGAUAGAGGUGGAGGAGAACAGGGUUCUCAGGAUCAGCGGAGAAAGGAAGACGGAGGAACAAGUGGAGGGUGACAAGUGGCACAGAGCUGAGAGGACAAAUGGCAAGUUCUGGAGGCAGUUCAGGCUGCCUGGGAAUGCUGACGUGGAUCAGAUCAAGGCUCAUCUUGAGGACGGGGUGCUGAGAAUUACGGUGCCAAAGUUUGCUGCGGAGAAGAAAAGGCAACCUAAGCUCAUCGACAUUGCUCACCACACUACUUCCUCUGAUGAUGCGGAUAUCAAGGCUGCCAGUGCCAAGGUCGCAUGAUUUCCAAGUUACCUAUAUAUCAAUAUGUAUAACAAGUAUCUUUGUGUUGAUGACUUUGGAUGGGGCCUGA